UGUGUGUGUGUGUGUGUGUGUGUAUAGACAUUUGGCAGCAGUAACCUGCACCGUGUGGGGGUGAUCCUGCAGAGAGCAGUGUUGAUCCUGCUGCUGCUCUGUCUGCCCUGCUGGGGACUCCUCAUCAACGCCCAAAACAUCCUACUAGCCAUGAAUCAGGAGCAGGAGGUGGCCCGGAUCGCCCAACUAUAUGUGAUGCUUUACCUGCCUGCUGUUCCUGCUAUGUUCCUGCACCAAUUGCAAACAACUUACCUACAGAACCAGGGGAUCAUCCUACCUCAGAUGUACACAGCAGCAGCAGCUAACCUCAUUAACCUGGCUGUGAACUACAUCCUGCUCUUCAGCCUGGAGAUGGGAGUCAUAGGCUCUGCUAUAGCGAACAGCCUGUCUCAGAUCACCAUCAGUCUGCUCCUCUACUUAUAUAUCUGUUGGAGAGGCCUCCACAAGAACACAUGGGCAGGCUGGUCCAGUGAGGCCCUCCAGGAGUGGGGUUCCUACAUGCAGCUGGCCAUCCCCAGUACCCUGAUGGUCUGCUUCGAGUGGUGGGUCUGGGAGAUAGGAGGCUUCCUCGCUGGUAUGCUAGGAGAGGUGGAUCUUGCAGCACAGCAUGUGCUGUUGGAGAUAGGAGCCAUUACCUACAUGUUCCCUCUAGGUGUCCAUGCCGCUGCCUGUGUACGGGUGGGGAACGCUCUGGGAGCAGGAGACACCUCCAGGGCUCUACUCACCUGCAAAGUAGCCCUGGUGCUCUCAGGGGUGCUGGCUGUGUUCCAGGGUAUUGCCAUCGGUAGCUCCAGGCAUGUGUUAGCCUACAUCUUCACCUCAGACCAAGCCAUAGUGGACAACGUGUCAGUGAACCUGGGGCUCUACACCUUCAUACAGUUCUUUGAUGCUCUACUGUGUGUGUGCUCAGGUAUCCUGGUUGGAGCAGGAAAACAGAAGAUAGCUGCGCUGUCUAACCUGGUCUCAUACUAUUGCAUUGGCCUUCCGGUCGGCAUCGCUUUGAUGUUCGCUGCUAAGCUCAGGAUACUAGGUUUGUGGGUAGGUCUCUUCAUCUGCGUCAUCCUCCAGACUGGGUUCUUCAUCGUCAUCAUCUUCAAACUCAACUGGCAGCUUGUCGCCAAGGAGGCCCAGUUGCGUGCUGGGAAGAGUGGGCUGGUAACGUGUGUUCCAGCGAAGCCUCCUAUUGGACAGCCGCUGAUUAAAACUCUGCUUCCAGAAGGUUCUCGAAGCAAUGACAUGGCCCAGCCAGAGAGCGAUGAAUCCAAACCACCUGGUUACACGCCAGUCAGCACCCAGGGAGGAGGAGGAAGUGGGGAAGAACAGCAGGAGGGCCCAGGUGUCCAGUCCAAAGGUCUGCUGUCUGCCUCCCAGCUGUUCCUGAGGAGAGGUCUCACGCUGCUGACUGCAUUAUUCCUCCUGGCCACAGGGGUCGCUGUUCACCUGGCCUGUCCCCCUCCUGCACCCUCCAUCCACAGCCUCUCCAACCUCACCCUAGACUGGACCAACUCUUCUACCCCCACACCCCUCCUGGAGCUCACUUCACCCCUCUGAGACAGGAGAGAGGGGGGAAGGAGGGGGGAGAGGAGAGGGGUAGAGGGACUGGGUUGAGUCUCUGCCGGGACCAAUGGUGUCUGUAUGAACUGAACAGCACAGUGCUGGGGUCUUGAGACUCUCCUGAUCAGAGGAACAGCUGCCUGCACUGCUGUCCUCUCUUCUUCUAUACUACUGUUCCUUCUAAAGAUAUAUUUUUAGUCUCACAACAUUUUUCCAUUAUAUUUGUCUUUCAUUGUGAUGUCUACUCAGUCUAAUGUAGAACAGUUUUAAUCUGGAAGCAUUGGAAUCAGUGUAAAUGUUUGAAAUCCAAUAUAUGAGAUUAUUUCCUAUUGUACGUUGAUGUGUGUGUACUUGUUUCUAAAGUGUAAAGUCACUGCACUUGGCCUAUUACCAGUUGAAACAGUGCCUUCAAAUUGUCAAAUAAAAGACUAACCGUGAGUUCUCAAUGAAAUGUCCAGCCAAAUGACCGGCGGGCAGAUCAAUAAAACAUAUUCUACAUGGGUGAGAUGUCAGGUACAUUGUCAUACAUUCACUGUAAACAUGCUCGGGACAUUAGCAUCGCAUUUACAGUAAACCUAUUCUAGGGGCAGGGUAGCCUAGUGGUUAGAGUGUUGGACUAGUAACCUGAAGGUUGCGAGUUCAAACCCCCGAGCUGACAAGGUACAAAUCUGUUGUUCUGCCCCUGAACAGGCAGUUAACCCACUGUUAACUGAAAAUCAUUGAAAAUAAGAAUUUGUUCUUAACUGACUUGUCUGGUUAAAUAAAGUUCAAAUUAAAAUGCAAAGGGCAUUAGCAUCAUAUAGCAUUAGCAUCAUAUAGCAUUAGCAUCAUCUACAGUAUAGUGCAAGGGGCAUUAGCAUCAUAUAGCAUUAGCAUCAUAUAGCAUGCCAAGAGUGUGCAAAAUAUAUUUUGAAUUAUUUAACACUUUUUUAGUUGAAACAUGAUUCCAUAUGUGUUAUUUCAUAGUUUUGAUGUCUCCACUUUAUUCCACUUAAUGUCGAAAAUAGUCAAAUAAAGAAAAACCCUUGAAGGAG